GCAUUUUCUGCUCCAAUCUCUCGUUUGCUCAUUUCCUGCAUAGGCCCUCUCUCUCUGCAACUCUCUCUCUCUCUCUCUCUCUCUCUCUCUCUCUCUCUCUGGUUUUAUGGCAAAACACAAGUGCUAUACAAAAGAUGAAAAAAUCUGGGGCAAGGCUUAGAUAAAUCAAUCUCAUUCCGAUGAGAUUUAGAUAGGGUUUUUUUUUCUUUCUACAGAACAAAAGACUGAGGCUUUAUACAAUGACAAGCCUUCUCUGUACAGAAACCACCAACGUGUGCUUUGAUGAUCUUGAUUCUGACCAAACCCAUGAUGAAACCACUAAUCAAAAUCUGGGUUUUGGAAAUGAUAGAUCAGAGCCGUUGAUUGGUUGGCCAUUGUUAAGUGAAGAGUGUUUCUGUUUGCUGGUGGAGAAAGAGAGAGGGCAUUUGCCCAAAGAUGAUUAUCUGAAGAGGGUGAGAAGUGGAGACAUGGAUUUAGGUGCCGUGAGAAGAGAGGCCAUGGAUUGGAUUUUAAAGGCUCAUGCUCAUUACAGUUUUGGACCACUGAGUUUCUGCCUGUCAAUCAAUUACUUGGAUCGAUUCCUAUCUGUUUAUGAACUGCCUAGAGUUAAAACUUGGACAGUGCAAUUGUUAGCUGUAGCCUGUUUGUCAAUAGCAGCAAAAAUGGAGGAGACUUCAGUGCCUUUGACUGUAGAUUUACAGGUGGGUGAACCCAAGUUUAUUUUUGAAGGUAAAACCAUAAGAAGAAUGGAGCUUUUGGUGAUGAGCAGUUUGAAUUGGAAGAUGAAAGCUUGCACCCCUUGUUCCUUCAUAGACUACUUCAUUGGAAAGAUCAAUGGUGAUGAUCAAAUCCAAUCAGGGUUUCUGAUCUCUAGGUCAAUUCAACUCAUAUUAAGCACAAUUAAAGGUAUUGAUUUCUUGGAAUUCAGACCUUCUGAGAUUGCUGCAGCAGUGGCAAUUUCUGUUUCAGGAGAAGUACAAGCAGUAGACAUUGAUAAAGCAAUGUCUUGCUUCAUCCUUGUGGGAAAGGGAAGAGUGCAGAAAUGUCUUCAACUGAUCCAAGAUUUGGCACUGAGUAGAGGGUCAACAAACAUGGGUAGUGCCUCUAUUCCAUCAUCAGUUCCCCAAAGCCCAAUAGGGGUGCUGGAUGCAGCAUGCUUGAGCUGCAAAAGUGAUGAUAUAACAGUUGGGUCAUGUGCAAAUUCCUCACAUAAUAGCCCAGACACAAAGAGGAGAAAACUAUCUCAAGAGGAUUUCAAGUCAUGAGAAAUGUGGAUUUUUUGUUUUCUCCUUCACACCCUAGUCAAGUCAGUCUGGUUGGAUGAGAGUUUUGGUGUGGUUAGGAAGGUGCAUUCAGAGAGAGAGAGAGAGAGAGAGCAUGCUUAUAGGGUGAAAAAGUAAGGCACCAGCUGUUAAUGAUAAUCAGAGGUCUCAACUGGCAACAGAGGUGGGGGGGUGAAAUAAGCUGAAAAUUUUGUUUUGGUAGGGGAAAAUACAGUUGUAAGCUUCUAUUGAAAGAGAAGAAAGUGAAAAUGGACAAAAGGAAACAAGUAGAGAUAAAGAGUGGAGGAGAGAAAACCUGUGUUUGAAUUACCAUUUUUCCUUCCUCAUCUGGAAUUCAUUUGGGUAUUUGUUACCACCCCCUUGUACUACGUCCUAAGAAAAUAAUAAUAAAACCGUUGUCCAGAAACAGUUUUCCAUAUGACAUUUAAAUAAGUUAAGGGUUA